CUAGCCCUGCCCACACUCAGUGGUGAAGUUACACUUUUUCAUCUUUCUCUGUCGCUAAAUCUGUGACCCUUUCAAUGAAACCCAGGGGACUGCACCUGAAGGGGAAAAAAAGAAAAACAAGACAUUUUAAGAAGCAGUUCAAAAUGUCUCUUGCUGAAAUUGUGGCUUAUUUUCUUUGCCCUUCUUAGAAUGCACCAACUAUAAAAGGCUUUUUUUUCUUUUAGACUUUAGUUUCACUUUUGAGAUCGCAGCAAAUUUGUCACGCUUGUCUGAUGAAAACGCCUGGAUUUGGACUAAGGAGAAAAGGGAAGGUCACCUGUGAUCAGAGUAAGUGAAGAUACUGCAAGACUUAUUUCCUUUAAUCUUCAAAACAAACUAUGGAGAAGCUACUCUGAUUAUCUCCACUUACAAGAUGAAGAAACUAAGGCCUGAGAAAUAAAUUAGCUUGCCAGAGGCUACGAAGCAGAGAUUCUAGGAUCAGAAUUCAGAGGGCGUAAUUCCAGGGGCAGAAUCAUGAGAUGGAAACUGCUCUAUCAUAUCUCUUCUCUUUUGGGACUGUUGUCCUUUUGGAUACUGUGUACAUCUUCUACCAAUAAAUGUGCUGUGAGGCAUGAAGUAGCUGACUGCAGUCAUCUGAAGUUGACUCAAAUACCUGAUGACCUCCCAGAAAACAUAACAGUGUUGGAUCUUACCCAUAAUCAACUCAGAAAAUUACCAUCUGCCAAUUUUACAAGAUAUAGCCAACUUACUGUCUUGGAUGGAGGAUUUAAUACCAUCUCAAAACUGGAGCCAGAAUUGUGCCAAAAACUCCCCUUGUUGGAAAUUUUGAACCUUCAAAACAAUGAGCUAUCUCACCUUUCUGAUAAAACCUUUAUCUUCUGUAUGAAUUUGGUUGAACUCAAUCUAAAGUCCAACUCAAUCCAGAAAAUUCAAAAUAAUCCCUUUAAAAAUUUGAAGAAUUUAAUUAAAUUAGAUCUAUCUCAUAAUGGCUUGUCAUCUACUAAAUUAGGAACUCAGCUCCAACUGGAAAAUCUCCAAGAGCUUCUAUUAUCAAAUAAUAAAAUUAAUCUACUAAGACGUGAAGAACUUGAUUUCCUUGGCAAUUCGUCUUUAAAAAAAUUAGAGUUGUCAUCAAAUCAAAUCAAAGAGUUCUCUCCAGGGUGUUUUCAUGCAAUUGGAGAAUUAUUUGGUCUCUCUCUGAACAAUGCCCAGCUGGGCCCCAGUCUCACAGAGAAGCUUUGUUUGGAAUUAUCAGGCACAAGUAUUCAGAAUCUAUCCCUGAGCAACACCCAGCUUUGCAGAACAAGCAAUAUGACUUUCAUUGGACUAAACCAGACAAAUCUCACCAUGCUCGAUCUUUCCUAUAACAGCUUAAAAGUGAUUGGCAAUGAUUCCUUUGUUUGGCUUCCGCAUCUAGAAUAUUUCUUCCUGGAGUAUAAUAAUAUAGAGCAUUUGUCUUCUCACUCUUUUUAUGGACUUUUCAAUGUGAAAUACCUGAAUUUGAGAGGAUCUUUUAUUAAACAAAACAUCUUCCUUGCUUCACUUCCCAAGAUUGAUAAUCUUUCCUUUCGGUGGCUGAAAUGUUUGGAGUAUCUUAACAUGGAAGAUAACAACUUUCAAGGCAUAAAAAGCGAUAUGUUCACAGGACUAAUAAAGCUGAAAUACUUAAGUCUGUCCAGCUCCUUCACAAGUUUGCGAACUUUAACAAACGAAACAUUUGUAUCACUUGCUCAUUCUCCUUUACUUAUACUGAACCUAACCAAAAAUAAAAUCUCAAAAAUAGAGAGUGGUGCUUUUUCUUGGUUGGGCCAUCUAAAGGUACUUGACCUCGGCCUUAACGAAAUUGGGCAAGAACUCACAGGAGAGGAAUGGAGAGGUCUGGAAAAUAUUGUUGAAAUCUACCUUUCUUACAACAAAUAUCUACAACUGACUAGCAAUUCUUUUGCCUUGGUUCCAAGCAUCCAACAACUGAUGCUCCGAAGAGUGGCCCUUCAAAACCUGGAUAGCUCUCCUUCACCUUUUCGCCCUCUUCAUAACUUGACCAUUCUGGACCUAAGCAACAACAACAUAGCCAACAUAAAUGAUGAACUGUUGGAGGGUCUCGACAAACUAGAAAUUCUGGAUUUGCAGCAUAACAACUUAGCUCGGCUCUGGAAACAUGCAAAUCCUGGUGGUCCUGUUCAUUUUCUAAAGGGUCUUUCUCACCUCCAUGUCCUUAACUUAGAGUCUAACGGCUUUGAUGAGAUCCCAGCAGAGGUCUUCAAGGACUUAUUUGAAUUAAAGAGCAUCAGUUUAGGAUUGAAUAAUUUAAACAUACUUCCACCAUCUGUUUUUGAUAAUCAGGUCUCUCUGAAAUCAUUAAACCUUCAGAAGAAUCUCAUAACAUCAGUUGAGAAGGAUGUUUUUGGGUCAGCUUUCAAGAACCUAAGUAAUUUAGAUAUGAGCUUUAAUCCAUUUGAUUGUACAUGUGAAAGCAUUGCCUGGUUUGUUAAUUGGAUCAAUAAUACUCAUACCAACAUCUCUGAGCUAUCAAGCCAUUACCUCUGUAAUACUCCGCCUCAGUAUCAUGGUUGCCCAGUGAUGCUUUUUGAUAUAUCACCCUGCAAAGACAGUGCCCCCUUUGAACUUCUUUUCAUGAUAAAUACCAGUAUCUUAUUGAUUUUUAUCUUUAUUGUACUGCUCAUCCAUUUUGAAGGCUGGAGGAUAUCUUUUUAUUGGAACGUUUCAGUGCAUCGAAUUCUUGGUUUCAAAGAAAUAGACAGCCAGCCAGAGCAGUUUGAAUAUGCAGCAUAUAUAAUUCACGCUUAUAAAGAUAGAGGUUGGGUCUGGGAACACUUCUGCCCAAUGGAAGAAGAAGAUCAAACCCUCAGAUUUUGUCUGGAAGAGAGAGACUUUCAGGCAGGUGUCCUUGAACUUGAAGCAAUUGUUAAUAGCAUCAAAAAGAGCAGAAAAAUUAUUUUCGUUGUAACACGGCAUCUUUUAAAAGACCCAUUAUGCAAAAGAUUCAAAGUGCACCAUGCAGUUCAGCAAGCUAUUGAACAAAAUCUGGAUUCCAUUAUAUUGAUCUUUCUUGAGGAUAUUCCAGAUUAUAAAUUGAAUCAUGCACUCUGUUUGCGAAGAGGAAUGUUUAAAUCUUACUGCAUCUUGAACUGGCCACUUCAGAAAGAACGGAUAAAUGCUUUUUAUCAUAAAUUGCAAGUAGCACUUGGAUCCAGAAAUUCAGUACAUUAAAUUUAUUUAAAGACUAAAUUGGGAGGGGGGAGGUAGAUGAGGGAAAAUUUUUUAAUAAUUUCUUCAAUUAAAAAAAAUAAUUAAAAAAAAAAAGACUAAAUUAACCAAGGAGCAACUUCCCUAAUUUAAAAAGUGUCAAGAUAAAUUUAACUUGAAAAUAUUGUAAAUCUGUUUAUUCAUAUUUAUAGAUGAGAGUAUUAGAUCACAAUUCUCUCUCUUCUGUGGAAAUGUAUCUCCUUAUUUCAAGCCUUUUCUUACCAAUUGACUUAAUAUGGCCAAAAAUAAACAAUAGGAAUAUACUGUACUAAGAAAUGUACACAACUGGUUACUGAGGCCAAUGAAAACUUAAGAAAGUUUAAAAAUAUUCUUCAUUUAAGAAAAGUUAGUUAUGUAAGGGUUUGUGAUAGUUACAUUUGGGUUUUUUGCAUUCACUCAUAUUACAAUAAAAAAUAAUUGUUUUAAUAGGUACAAUACUAUUUCAGUUGUAAAAGAGUAUAUUCCCAUAUUUUCAAAAGUUUAAUUACAACAUUUUUUCAAUCGUAAAGCUUAUAUUUUAGUGGUGACUAUCACAGUGUUACUUCUGUUAAAUGUUAAAUACCAUUUUAAUAUAUAGACUCGAGAGCAGAAAACAUUUGUAAUUCAUUUUAAUUACUUAAUAAAAUAACUAGCUUAAUAAAUACUUAUGUCUUCCUGAUAGUUGGAUUUCUACUAUGAGAAGUGUUAAAAGAAACAAUUCUCAUACUUAAAAGUAUUGCAGAAAGGCUCACUUCAUGAAGAUUAAUUGGUAGCUUGGCUUUGUGGAUUCAAAAUAUUGUCCUCUCCUUGUCACAGACUCAGAAGAUAACCCUGGCCAAAUCACUUGAUCCCACUGGCAUUCUUUGACUCAUGGUCUUGAAAAUUAUAAUGAUAAACAAAAUCUUAGAUAUUCCCAUAUAAUAGUGAUGAUGAUCAUGGUAUAAUACCUUCACAUAGAACAUAUUAUCAUACCACAAAAUAAUAUGCUAUGUAUAAAUUAGUCCUUAUGACUAUUUUAAGUUUUAUUUUUGUUUAACAACAAAAAGACUAAUUUUUGGAAAUAGACAAGAAUGGCUUUUUUUUUUUUUCCCACUAAAAAUGAUGAUCUUUAUUACUGGCUUCCAUCAUAUAAAUCUUCGCCUCAAGAAUGGCUUUUUAAAACCUGUAUAGUUCUGGCAUUUGAAUAUAAUGGAGAGUUGAAAUUAUAAAGCUGAGUUAAUUUCUAUGCUUAAAGCACUCAUUUGUUUAAUUUAGGGAGCAUUUGCAAUGUCGCAUAUUGGAACUGUGAUUUAAAUAGUUCACUAAUCUCAGGACUAAAUUGACAUAAAAAUUAUAUAUCUGGAAAAAUUAAUAUCCAAAGAACUGCUGGUCCUAAAGGAGCCUACAGUCUCCCAACAAUGUGAACGUAUGGAGGACUCAUUCUCCCUUUCACAUUAUACACAACACUUACGCGAGUCACUUGCUUUAUAACUUUUUGUUAAGAUUUGUUUCUACCUGUGAAACGAUCCUGUUUUAUUUUGGCAUCAUAAAAUAAAAAUCAUAACUACUUUUUUUCUUGAUGCACAUUGUAUGUUAUGUAUCAGUGUUCUCACCUUCAUUAAAAUAUUUCUAAAUUAGUCAUUAAUAUAAAUUAAUCAAUAUAUCAAUAUAUCAGGAAGUAACUGUUUUCAUUCUUUUUUGUAUUUGCUUAUGAGAUAGUUGAUCAAAUGGCUUCAACUUAAAUUAAGUUAAAACGUACUUUUAAAAAAAAUUGCUUAAUAUUUAAGAGGUCAGGAUACACAAGGGAUGACAUAUGUAACUGAAAAGAAGUAAAACUAAUAAAAAGCGUAAGCCUUGA